AUGUCUGCAAGUACAGCCAGCAUCGAAUCGGGAAACACAAACUACACAGAAGUUCAAGAUAAAAAGCUCGAGAACGAUCUAGACAAGUUUAACGAGGACUUCAACAAACUUAGUGCAAGCGUCAGUGAUCCACAGGCGCUGCAAGUGGUUGAAACGGAUGCUAAAAUUGAGGAAACGAUAGCAAAUGCCGAAAAUGAUGAACUCGAUGAGGUUAAAACUACUGCGGAACGUGUUGAUGAACCUCCAUCAGUAACAGACACGCCUACCAAUAGUGAUGAAACUGAAGUUAAGCAAGCUGAGCUCGAAACUGGAGUAGAGAACGAUUCGGGAUCAGAAGUAAGCUUAUCGGCUUAUGGAGAUGAAGCUGAAAUUGAUGUGAGUGCAAAUACUGAAAGAGAAGCAGAGGAAAAUUUAGCAGCUGAAACUGUUGAGGAGCCCCACAAUGGCGAUCGGCCAGCCAGUGUCAUCGAAGAACCAUCAAAUGUACCUGAAAAAGAGCCCGAGGAGUCAACUCUAAUGCACACAACAGAACAUGGUAACGUUCAGGACCUGCCACCACCCUUGCCCUCCCGUAAGCCCAGCGACGUUUUAAAAGACACCCCGCAACCAAUUCAUGCAGUUCCUCCUCCAUUGGAAGAGGAAUUGAAGUCCGAUGUGUUCCGCAGCUCAAUCGCUGCGCUGAAUGUGAAAUCAGGACCACCACCACCACCACCUGUGCCGCCAAGAUCAAGUCACAAGAGAUCCGUAAGCGCGGACUUCGACCUUGUAUUGAGUAGGUUUCAAGAAAAUGAAGACGAUUACAUGUCGAAAGAUGACACCACGCAAGAAAAUCUACAAGAAGGUGCCCGAGUUUUGAAGUCGAGCUACACCGCCUUCUUGGAGACCGUGGAGCCUUCUCAGGGCCUAUCACCGCAGAAAGACGAUUCUGAUGAAGAUAAUGAUGAGCUCACCACGGUGGACUGGCCCUUUUGGACCCGACUUGUGAGCAACUACGCGGAAGUUGCCAAAAAAGACUCCUUUAAACUUGAGCAGGAAAUCGCUGGCGGAAUACCGCCGCAAGUCCGUGGCAUAAUAUGGCAACUUUUAUCUUCGUCCAAAUCUAAAGAAAUUGACGUUGAAUACGCAAAUCUCCAGAGCCUUGAAUCUCCGCACGAGAAGGCUAUUGAGAGGGAUCUUUCAAGAACGGCAUUUAUACCUCAAGAAAAAGCAGGAUCGCUAUUCGGAGUUUUAAAAGCCUACUCAUUGCAUGAUCCUGAAGUUGGAUAUACUCAAGGCAUGGCGUUUGUGGCCACCGCAUUGCUGCUGAACGUGGAAUCAGAAUCAGAGGCUUUUGGACUCUUGAUUAGUUUGAUGGUGGGAUAUGGUUUAAGAGAACUUUACCUGCCAAACAUGCCGGGGCUGCAUCUUAAGCUGUAUCAAUUUGACAGACUGAUAGAGGAAAACUCCCCCUCGCUUUACAAUCAUUUGGCAAGACAAGGGGUUAGGUCCUCGAUGUAUGCUUCGCAAUGGUUUUUGACUUGCUUUGCAUAUCGAUUUCCGCUAUGCUUUGUUCUCCGCAUACUUGAUGUCGUUUUCGUGGAGGGGCUGGAAGCCAUAUUGAAAUUUGCGUCCGUGCUGAUGCUCAAAAAUGAAAAAGUCUUGAUGACGUUGCAGUUUGAGCAGCUUUUGGAGUUCCUGAAGAAUGGCCUUUUUGAGUACUACUUAAAGACACCCGAUGGUUCCAAAAGUGGAUCUGGAAUUUACAAGAUAAGUUCCCAGGAAGAAAGGGCAGUGUUGACAGAACAAGACUACGCGGUCAAUGCAUUUGUCAAAGAUGCCAUGCAUGAGAUAAGCAUUACUCCCAUAUCUCUGAGAAGGUACAUUGCCGAGUAUAAAGAAAUCCAUCUUCUGGAAUCGCAGAAAGAGGCGCAAUUGGAUACACUCCGUAUAAAGAACAAACAAUUGCACAAUGAAGUCCGCAAACUCGAGCGAGACCACACUGUCUUGAACCGAGAGCACAUCAACAUCGCGAAUGAGUUGAUUGAAAAUAGAUUGCAUUUGGAAACGCUUCAGGAUCAAAAUCAGGACCUACAAUCGGAAGUGAAGCAGCUCAAGGUUCAACUUCGCGAAGAAAUUCGAAAACAGACGCUACCCAAUCCUGAUUCGCAGAUACCCACGGACUUGCGUGCCGAUCUAAAGGAAACCAUGGCUCGCAACCUAGAAGUCAUGAAUGCCAACCAAGAACUACAAGAGAGAAUUGUUGAACUUGAACACCAACUUACGAAUGCCAGACAUGGCAAAUCAAAAACGGGAACCGCUGCAAAUACGGGAAACUGGAAGACACUACGAAAGGUUUGGAAAUGA